AUGCAACUGCAAUUCGUUUCCUUCGCCACUACCCUGGCCGCAUUGUUUGCCGGCGCCAAUGCUGGCUGUAACCCAGUUGGGGCCGGCCAGGGCAAUAACCCCCUCUCUUGCAAAUCUUACCCAGGCCCGGCGGCUGUCGGUCAAAAAGUCGUGACUGGCCUACAGACACUUUCGGCCGAAUUGACGAGCAACAACUCGGGGUGGAAAUACACGUUUACCAACUUGGUAAACUACAAAGUGAACUUCGCAGUCCAGUACUGGGAUCCCAAAGGCCGGAUGAACAACUGGCAGAGCUUUUCAUAUGAGCUUGGCCAGUCCUGUCCUUUGAACACUGUGGGAAAGAUCCAGAACAUAAAGCUCACUUGUUAA